UCGGACGGGAAGGAAGGGACCGCUGCUGCAGGAGAUACUUGGGGGGGGAGCGAGGGAGAGACAGGCAUACAAGAAGAGCGUGGAAGUGGAGAAGUGCUCAGUUAGAAGGAGGACGUAGGAGAAGCUCCACGUUGUUUUCUCUGGACUGGAGAGACACGCUUUGCCUUCUUUAUUUGUCUAAUAACGGAUUUAGACUCGGACUGUGCCUUUAUCAAGAACAUUUAAUUCCGGAAUAUAAACGCACAUAAGCAUACAUGUUGUAAGCACGUGUGUGUGUUUAUUUUUUUAAACAUACAUGCAUCCAAGGAACGGACCUUCGACUUUUAUUAUUUGAUCAAAACUUUUAUCGGAACACGGAUAAUUGCCACGACUGAUUUUUCUUGUAGUUAUUGAAUAACUCAAUGCGUUAAUUCACAUGGAUGGAUUUUGGAACAUUCAAAAACAAUUUUUAGUAAGUCCGAAUGCACAGUUUGAAAAGAAGACUAAACAACUUCAAGCGCAAACUGGCACUUGUGUGCGGACUUAGCGGACAUUACCAACCCCUGUUUGAUUGUCAACCCAAUCUGUGGGGCAAAGGAGGACUUUUAGACUUUUUGAAGAUUGAGGAAGGAAGGGUGAUUUGUCCCGCCUGGAAAAGAUGGAUUUAUCAACAUUUAUAACAUGGCUUUGCGUGUGUUUACUGUCACUUCUCGCAAGCGUGAAAGUCACAGCAGAGGAAGGAGGGUCUGAGCCGUGUGGGGGCUAUCUCGAUGCCAGCGAUGCAGGCUACAUCACCACUCCUGGAUACCCACUGGAGUAUCCGCCCCAUCAGAAUUGCCGUUGGAUCAUCACAGCACCAGAACCUUCUCAACGCAUUGUACUCAACUUCAACCCACACUUUGAGAUUGAGAAACUCGACUGCAGGUAUGACUAUGUAGAGAUCCACGAUGGGAACUCAGAAUCUGCGGACUUGUUGGGAAAGCACUGCAGUAACAUCGCCCCGGCACCAAUUAUAUCAUCUGGCCCCUCCCUGCACAUCAAGUUUGUGUCGGACUACGCCCACCAAGGGGCGGGUUUCUCGCUGCGCUACGAAAUCUUCAAAACUGGUUCGGACUGUUCUAGAAACUUCACCAGUCCCUCAGGUCUCAUUGAGUCGCCAGGAUUCCCCGACAAAUACCCCCAUAACCUGGAGUGCUCCUUCAUCAUCAUUGUGCCACCCAGCAUGGAUGUGACCCUCACUUUUCUCACCUUUGACCUGGAGAAUGACCCUUUGCCUGGAGCCGAGGGGGACUGCAAGUACGACUGGCUGGAAGUUUGGGAUGGACUUCCUGGAGUGGCCCCCCUGAUUGGUCGCUACUGUGGGACCAUGGUCCCUCCAGAGAUUCAGUCAUCCACUGGCAUUCUCUCUCUGUCCUUCCACACGGACAUGGCUGUGGCAAAAGAUGGCUUCUCAGCUCGUUAUAACAUGACGCACAAAGAAGUCAGCGAGACGUUCCAUUGCAGUAAUGCUUUUGGUAUGGAAUCUGGAAAGGUUACUGAUGAACAGAUCACAGCUUCAUCGAGUUUUUAUGAUGAAAACUGGCUGCCACAUCAGGCCCGACUCAACUACAACAACAACGGAUGGACACCCAAUGAGGACAGCAACAGAGAAUACAUACAGGUGGAUCUGUACACGCUGAAGGUGAUUACAGGCAUCGCCAUGCAGGGUGCCAUUUCCAAGGAGACACAAAAGUCAUACUAUGUGACCACUUUCAAGCUGGAGGUCAGCACAAAUGGAGAGGACUGGAUGGUCUACAGACAUGGCAAGAAUCAUAAGGUCUUCCAUGCAAAUACCGAUGCCACCGAGGUGGUUCUCAAUCGGAUCCCUCAGCCCGUUCUGGCCCGCUUUGUGCGAAUCAGACCUCAGUCAUGGAAGAAUGGCAUCGCACUGCGGUUUGAGCUUUACGGCUGUCAGAUUACUGAUGCUCCCUGCUCAGAGUUGCAAGGCAUGCUGUCUGGACUUCUUCCUGACUCGCAGAUCUCAGCAUCCUCCAUGAGGGAUAUCCACGGCUCCAUGGGCGCAGCAAGGCUGGUUGCCAGUCGGUCAGGCUGGUUUCCCAACCCAACACAGCCCGUAGCUGGAGAGGAAUGGCUGCAGGUGGACCUUGGUGUGCCCAAAAUGGUGCGUGGAAUCAUCACCCAGGGUGCAAGAGGGCUGGAGGGCAGCACCAGUGCUGAGAACAGAGCGUUUGUCAGGAAGUACAAACUGGCUCACAGUUUGACUGGCAAGGACUGGACAUUCAUCACGGACAGUAAGACAGGGUUUGCAAAGAUUUUGGAGGGCAACAGCCACUAUGAUAUGCCGGAGGUACGUCGGUUUGAUGAGUUAAUCACUCAGUACAUCCGAGUUUUUCCAGAGAGGUGGUCUCCUGCUGGGAUUGGCAUGAGGAUGGAGGUCCUCGGUUGCGACCUGCCAGAAAUGACCACUGUACCUGACACAGCGACCCCGACUCUGCCAAGGGUGGAGCAAUCUACCACAGUAAUGAGACCUGCCACCACGCCGUCGCUGUGGGCCGUAUGUGACUUUGAACAGAGCUUGUGCGGCUGGUCUGCUGAUCCCCAGUCAGGUGUCAGCUGGUCCCUGCACACCGCUGGGAGCAGUUCUGCUGGUCAUGGCCCACAUGAAACCAGGCUGGACCUGACACUGGGAUCAGAUAAUUUCUCAGGGAACUACCUCCAUUUGGAUGCGGGAUCCCACACCCAACGCAAGCGUGCCAGGCUCCUUAGUCCAGAAGUGGCUCCAGAGCAAGGCCCACUCUGCUUGGUCUUCUACUACCAGCUUCUAGGAGAAGCAGUGGGGAGUCUGAGGGUCCUGCUGAGGGACAGUGAUCUGGAGGAAACCUUGCUGUGGACCUUGAAAGGAGAUCAGGGGCCUCACUGGCGGGAGGGCCGCACAAUUCUGCCCCAAAGUCCCAAGGAAUAUCAAGUGGUGUUUGAAGGCUUCUUUGACCAUCCAACCAGAGGCCACAUCAGAAUAGACAACAUUCACAUGAGUAACAGCAUCAGCCUGGAGCAGUGCACACAGUCUUUUCCUCCAUUGACUCCUGACAUAACAAGGGGUGCCAUGUCUGGGAUGGAACCUACUGUAGACACAGUGGAAGUGCAGACCAUUGCUGCCCACUGGUACUACUUGUUAGCGGGAGGAGGCGCCCUCUUUCUUCUGGUUACUGUAAUUGUGGUGGUGAUAUUGUGCUGCUCUCGGUACCAUUGGGGGUCCAAGAAGACCAGCACUAGCCAUCAUCAUUCAGUGAUGUACCAUAACAACCAACAUCUAAAUCAUCCAAACUGCUUCUACAACCAAAACUCCAGCUGUAAUCUGAUGCACAACCCCAACCAAAACAUCCCUCAACCUGAUAGCGGGCCAGGUCUUGAGCCCAUGUUGGUCAUCAGACAGGAUAAGGAAGGCGACUGCUGUGAUCCCCAAUGUUGAAAAGUGGACUGCGUGGGAAUCACACAGUAUGUCAACGCAUCAAAGGGCGUCAGGACUUCCUGAAAGUCUCUAGUCAGUGGAGUCGUCACCUUCCUAUCCCCGAUGAUUGAUGCAACGGACCGAUCAGGAUGCACCUUCACUUUCACUUCCUGGUUGUCUGGAGACGUUGCACUGAUGAGAGAAGAACAAUUCCUGAGUUGACUUUCCAUGAGCAAUUCUGUCAUCCAGUGAGACCAGAUAACAUCAAUUUGACGACCCUGGAGCACACUGUGGAACCAAUGGAACACCUUUGUUCCAACAGCAGUUUUGUUUUCUUCUUUUUCUUCAGUGGAAUUUAGAACAGUAUAUGUCUAUGUGGUCCACUUUGAUCUAGUGUGUGGACCCAGCUUGACACUUAAUAACCUAUCCUGGGUUCAUGCACUACAUGAAAACAGACUGUUUUUUUUUCAAGGAGGAGAAUCAGGUGUUUAUUUGUCAGCCAGUGGUUGAGAGACAGAAAGAAUUAGAGCGGACUUUCCAGCAGGGAAUGAUUGACAAGUACACCUUCAACGUCAAGUAUGUUGUUCCUUUGAUCGGUCACAGUGAAACCUCGGAGCACUUUGGCUAUGUCCACACAAACACGACUAUUUUUAUUAGAUUUAGUCCAAAGUGAAUUUUAUUUGACUGAAAGUCAUUUGUGGAAAAUUUUUGAUUUUGACAGUGUUGGCGUCAGACCUGACUAUGUUCUCAUUUUUCAGGAGGUCCUCGAUUUAUGAAUGAGUUUUGUGGAAUUAUAACUCUUUAAGCACCACAGUUGCAAAAUUGCAACAAGCCACUUUGCUGAAUUUAACAAGCCAUUUCUGCAAAUAUGAUGCCUCAUAGAGUUCAUACUUUACCCCCAGGAGGUGGCGGACAUCUGUCAUUUCAAUCUGAACAACAUGUGUGGGCGUGUUCUAUGCAAAGUUGUUAACUUUCUAAACUUUGAAGCCCCUUGUGCGUUCACAGUCCACACGCAACAUACUUGAGCCGAUGCUUUGUUAAACCAUGUUCGGGGUUGACAAUAUUUGGGGGGAUGUGAUGGGUUGCUAAUGGUGAGAAGGUUAGCGGGAAUGUAAAUAAAACGCGGAAAUAGUGGAAUACAGCGUACCAUCCGCGGGAUGCCCAAAAUGCACUGCUAAUAGACAGACAUAACCUGAGAAUAUGAUGACAAUAAGAUAAGUUAUCUUGAUAAUAAUAGCAGUAAUGAUGGCGGUGCUGGCAACAGUGGUGUUCAAGAUCUCACUGUAAAUGGCGUUGUUGAUGGCUGGGUUUGCUUAAGAGAUGAAGAAGAGGAUCCCAAGUCGAUCAGACAUUUUGGUACCGUGGAGACGGGGAUCUGAACAAUUCUGAGCCUGAUGACAUUAUCAUAUGCACAUUAGAUGAGUAGAUUUACUCCCAUCACUAACUUUGGGUCAUACUGAUAAUUUUUCUUAUUUGCAGUAUGUCUUUAUCUCUAACCAUUUUCAAGCUACAACCUUUUGAAAUAGUAAUAUCAAAACUGAAAACAAUGCUGGCACCUAAAAGUUCAAGUUGAGUUUUUGUUUAAAUUGGAAUUUUACAUGAAGGACAUACAAUCGACCUUGAUGAAAAGAUUGAAUACAAUCAAAUAACAAUAAAACUUGCACUAGCACACUGCAAGGGGCUUUACAAAGGGGCGAGAGAAAGGGUUUUUGGCAGGAGAAAGUUUCAGUCAUGAGACUGCUAGUUAACACUGGCCAUUUCUUAAAUGCAGAUCCUUACACAUGUGCACUGUGUCUUCCCUCAGUGGGCACAAUGUAUUUUUCCACCUACGUAUUAUUCUGUUGUGUGCACUAGCUGGUUAUCAUUUUCUUUUUGUACAGUAUUAAGGAUUUAACAGGAGUGCACCGUAACCAAAGAAAACAUCAUAAAGCAAGGACUGCCCAUUACAUUGUUUUCAAGUGGGUUAUUCAUCCAAGCUAUCAUACUUCCCUUUUCUUCAACUUCUUGUGUCUUUUGGCUUUCUGAUGUCUGACAUGUCAUCAGGGUUUACGGCGCUACCUGUUGCAUGCAUUUGAACGCCUCCAAAUAUGUUUGGUGUAGAUUUUUUGGAUAUCCCUUGCCACAUUGGUUCAAAUUUUGCGACUUCACUUUAUUAAAUGUAUGAAUUGCACUGUUUAGUAAUUGAAUACGGCCUAUUCUUAGCCCACAAAUAUUCAUAUUGAAGCAAAAGUUUGGUGUUUUUUGCCCAAAUUAAGCAUUGUCAAGUUUUACAAUGUCUAAAUGUACAAAAAUACAAGUGCAAGGAAUUAAGAAAAUGCACUGCAUUCAAAUUGUGAAUGUUAUUCUAACUAGUCACUCGGUGUCUGUAAUUGUUUGGUGAGACCAGCACCAGACUUGAUUGCUGGACGAACAGGCAGGUUUACUGCAGGUUUAAAUUAUCUCACAAUAGGCAUAGUAAUAAAAAUCACAAUAACAACACAGACUACAGUUGGGGCUAUAAUCCAGCUAAAAUCCACACAUCCGGAACACAUUUAUUGCAACGCAUUAGCACAUGAGUCUUAUUUACAUCUCAAAUGGCUCAUUUUCUCUGAUUAUGUGUACUAUACUGCGUAAUGUCGAUGUAAAGGUUAUUAUGUGGGUUCCAUUUAAUCCCUAGAGGGCUCUCAUGAUGUUAAAAACUCUAUUCAGAACACCGUAAACAGGAUUUCAUAACUGCAAAAAGAUUCAAUUUUUAAGGAAGGAAUACUCCUUUGCAGAAAUUCGGGUCAGCAAUAAACGAGGGAUUACUGUCUAAGAAUUCUUUUAGAAUUUUUUUAAACAAAAGUGGACUUGUGGACUUAGUCUACAACAGACAAAGCAUGCACGAACACAUUACAGCACAUGAAGAAACAGGAUAUGCAUUCGAUGAUCAAAAUCCAGCCUCUUGAUGACUGAAAAGUUGUUGCCUGAAUCCUAUGGAUACGUGAAGCCUGUGUCUGCAUCUUUGUAUGUUCUUCACACAUUUUGACUGAAAUAUCCAGCUGUUAAUAUCUGUGGGUGUAUGGUUGGUUGAUUUAUUGACUGAUUGUAAAAUAUGGUGCAACUGAGCUUUCAUUCAUCAAACGAGACCAAGCAUUCAUUGUGUUACCUCUGAACUCAUGAAGCCUUUAAUUGAAGGGUUUCACAUCUUAUGCAUGUUUGAAGCCUUUCUAGGUAUUAAUUAUUGCUGAUUUUCUCCAGCACUUUUGGCUUUUGCUUCAUUGGUAUUUUUGUAUACCUACUUAAGGCGGGGAUUUGGUCCCGGUGUUCUUCAUAAUUUGGGAAUCUUUGACGGAAUACUACUGAUUUUGGGUCGCUCUGGUUCAUAUAGUAUAUAUACUGUCACCACAGCUUUUUAAUAAUGCACCGGUACCUCGGUUUUUCUACAUCCCAGUUUUUGCAGGAUUCGGUUUUCAAUGAAAAUUAUUCAUUGUAAUGUAUUAGUUGUUUUUAUUAGUCCCUUUUCCCAUCAUUCUGCAGAACUGAAUGCACAACGAAUCCCAAGUGUAGUUGACUCAGUCUUGUUGUGUUAUUAACACAGUGUGUGAGUCCAAAUGUAUUCGUAGUGUUACCUUUUACCGUGCUCUUAACCUCUACCCAGAAAUCAUUCCAGCUCCAUUGCCGCUCUCAAAGAAAGAAUAGUCACACUUCUACUUUGCAUUUGACUACUACCAGUGGAACCUCGGUUAGUGUGUUUUAUGGCACAAUAACACACAUUUCCUGUCGACUGCAUGAAUUCCGUGUGUUCACUGUGUGCUGUUAAUGUCGUGUUAUCACAAAACAUCCUUGUUAGCAGCCCAUUGACAAGCUAAUGAAAUGGAAACCAGAACCACAAGUCAGCUCU